AUGUGCCUGUGCUGUGCGGAUGACGAAGCCAUCCAAGUCAACCCCGAAGGGCCAAGAUGGCAACAUCCUUCAGAGGUCACUGCAAGGCAGGUAAUAGAUAAACGUAUUGAGAAUAUGAAAAACCUAAGGAAAGAGAAGAGGAGAUUUACUAAACGGUUUGCAAGACCUGCUCCUCUUCCAGAACCAGGACUCCUAGUAAGUACAAUAUAG